CCACCGCGGGGGGCCCCUUCUGCCCUCUGGAGAAGCGGUCUUGGAGGUAUUGAUUUCGGUGGUUGGAUUCUUCCCGUGGAUCUAUCAAUUCAUUAUUCGAAUUUGGAAGAAAGAGGGAAAACAUGACGUCUCCAGCCAAAUUCAAAAAGGAUAAGGAGAUCAUAGCGGAGUAUGAUACUCAGGUCAAAGAGAUCCGUGCUCAGCUCACAGAGCAGAAGAAAUGCCUGGACCAACAGUGUGAGCUCCGGGUGCAGCUGCUGCAGGACCUCCAGGACUUCUUCCGGAAGAAGGCCGAGAUUGAGAUGGACUACUCCCGGAACCUGGAGAAGCUGGCUGAGCGCUUUCUGGCUAAGACCCGUAGCACCAAGGACCAGCAGUUCAAGAAGGAUCAGAAUGUUCUCUCUCCGGUCAACUGCUGGAACCUCCUCUUAAACCAAGUGAAGCGAGAGAGCAGGGACCACACCACCCUGAGUGACAUCUACCUGAAUAAUUUCAUUCCUCGGUUUGUCCAAGUCAGUGAGGACUCAGGAAGACUCUUUAAAAAGGUGUGUGGCUAUUCCUGCUUGCAGAGGUCCUUGGGUAGACAAUGACACCGUCUUGUAAACAAGAGAAAGAAUACCUUAUUG